GCAGCGCUGUGCAACGCUACAUUAGCAGUUUGAUUUCGGUGCACACAGACUAAAAAUGGCUUUGAGGGGAUAAAAACACACGUCUGAGGGGGGAAAAAGAGAAAGCUGCGACAAACGCCACCGCAAGAAAAGGGGGUUGGUAUUUAGGGGAAAUCUGCGGUUCACAUAUAGAUAUUUUUCUUCUGCAGCCCUUGAAGCGUGAGCAAAAUGUUAAGCGAGCGGAGUUAAAGCACAGGCCGUGAGCGGAGUGAGGCGAAGGGGCGAGGCUGCCGCCGACGGCCGCCGACAGAGCAGCCAGCAGCUCUCUGAUUCCCCACAGCGAUCAGUCCGGGCUCUGCAGUGUCGGAUCGGCGUCUUAUCCCCGGGUCCAUGUUGAAGUUGAUGUGUCCGGACUCUUUCGCUUCGCCAGGGUCAUUUCAGGGCACGGACGGCAUCCGCUCACCUCCAGUUCUUGCAGACUUGGUGGUGGAGUAGCAGGAAUUGGGAGUCAGACUGGUUUUUCUGGAUUACGUGAAGAUCAAGGACCAUCUCUGGUGCCCAGGCGUCAGCAGAAGAUAUGAGAACAAUGUCAAGGCCUUGAUUCCCAGCAGUAUGUCAGGGUACAUACCGAGUUACCUGGACAAGGACGAGUUGUGUGUCGUUUGCGGAGACAAAGCCACAGGCUAUCACUAUCGCUGCAUCACCUGCGAGGGCUGCAAGGGUUUUUUCCGACGGACAAUCCAGAAAAACCUUAAUCCGACGUAUGCUUGUAAAUACGAGGGAAAAUGCGUCAUCGACAAGGUUACGAGAAACCAGUGCCAGGAAUGCCGCUUCAAGAAAUGCAUCGCAGUCGGCAUGGCAACAGACUUGGUGCUUGAUGAAGGCAAGCGUCUGGCAAAGAGGAAGCUGAUCGAGGAAAACCGGGAACGCCGGAGGCGGGAGGAGCUGCAGAAGACGGUAUGGGAGAAACCGGAGCCUACGCAGGAAGAGUGGGAGCUGAUCCGCGUGGUCACCGAGGCCCACAUGACCACCAACGCCCAGGGCAACCACUGGAAGCAGAAACGCAAAUUCCUGGUGGAGGAAGCAAUGCUACUUAAUGAAAUAACAUGUAAUUUAUUCUAUACUUCUGACCAGAGUGCAGUGGGGGUGACGGAGUCCAAGCCCGAGGACAUUGGCCAGGCGCCCGUCCUCAGUGCAUCCGAAGGAAGCAAAGUGGACAUAGAAGCCUUCAGUCAAUUUACAAAAAUUAUAACCCCAGCCAUCACCAGAGUGGUGGACUUUGCCAAAAAGCUCCCGAUGUUCUGUGAGCUGCCUUGUGAAGACCAGAUCAUCCUACUAAAGGGCUGCUGCAUGGAGAUCAUGUCGCUACGGGCUGCCGUGCGCUACGACCCCGAGAGUGAGACGCUCACGCUCAAUGGGGAGAUGGCAGUGACCCGCGGGCAGCUGAAGAACGGCGGACUCGGGGUUGUGUCGGACGCCAUCUUCGAUCUGGGCGUGUCCCUGUCCUCCUUCAGUCUGGAUGACUCGGAGGUGGCUCUGCUUCAGGCUGUCAUCCUCCUCUCCUCUGCCGAGGCCCCUAACCGCUGUGCACCGACCCCAGAUCGCCCGGGUCUGACGAGCGUGGAAAGGAUCGAGCGAUGCCAAGAGGAGUUCCUGCUCGCCUUCGAGCACUACAUCAACUAUCGCAAACACAAGGUGGCACACUUCUGGCCGAAGCUGCUGAUGAAGGUGACGGACCUGCGCAUGAUCGGGGCGUGCCAUGCCAGCCGCUUCCUGCACAUGAAGGUGGAGUGUCCCACGGAACUGUUCCCACCGCUUUUCCUGGAGGUGUUCGAGGACUGAAGGGACAUGCCGAACUCCCUUAGCACUACUGAGUGUCAUUUCAUUCCAUACCGUAGACGUAGCUUUGGCCUAGUUUUUGACGGAUCCAUUCCUGUGAUGCGGGUACAUGUGAAUAGCCUCUUUGUUUGUCUGUUUGUUUUUUGUAUAUUUCUUUUGAGUUACAAUUUUGUUUUCAUUGUUUGUUUUUUUUUUUCCGUGUGAUUUAAUUUUUCGUAGUAAUUGUUUUUCUCCGUCUACGCUUGGUCACACAAACCACAUGACUUGUAGCGUACUGUAUAAUGCAAACCUCCUUCUCCUUUUUGACUUAAGCCUGGACAGUACUGUUUAAUAAGUCAGAAGCAGAAAUCAGUUUACCUAUGCUCCCACACUUGUGGAAUCUUACGCGGGAAAAAUAACAAAAAAAAAAAAUCAACAAAAAAACAAAACUAAACAAAAAAAAAAAACCAUUCGUUCGAUCGUUGCUUUCAGAGGAGGUAUUCCAUCUAAU